UCAUCCUCAGACAAACUUAGGAACUUCUUCAACCAAAGUAGCCAGUUUUCGUAAUAUUAUGACCCGUCUGUUCUAAGAAUAAGUUUCGAAAUCAGUCUUCAAUUCAUAGUUUCUUUUCGAGCAUCGAAAAAGUUCCGACCGUCUUGACUGUCAUCAUUACAUCGCAAUCGACUGAUGACUGGCUGCUUUUCAUUCGUCCAACCGCGUGAUUCGAACAUAAUUUGUGGGAAACCACCUGCCAAGCAUGCCGAACUGGUUCGAUGUUUCUUCAGGCAAAACUUUUAAUGGGUCACGUUUUUGACAUUAAUGGAUAACUUUUUGACUAAUGAUCGCUGGAUUAUCGCGGUACAGAUAAAUCCGAAGCAAUAUAAACGAUAAACCAAGGGAUUCUCGCCGGUGUCUUGGAAUGACCUGCACCACGUUCAAGCGAUGCCAGAAGGGAAACGUACAAAUUAUGGCACAGCAAACAUCAUCGAAGCAAAAUGAAUUCUACGAGUUGUUCGUUUUCGUUGUGAAAUGUUUCCGACCGUUUGGUCUUUGUCCGGUGAAGGUAUCGUAUAUCAAAGGAAGACCGAAGAUUGAAUCGAAUCGAUUGCUGACUGCCGUAGUGGCAUUCGCACUUGCCACAGUUUGGGCCGCUUUAGUGGGGUCAUUUUUCGUCAAGUAUAACACACCGUUGAUUACCGGGAUAGCUAAUCACAUUCAAUUCAUCACCAAUGUCCUAGCGGUGAGUGUCACACUCGGAGUUCCAAUAUUCAAGUGCACCGAACUGAAUGGCAUUCUGGAAGAUUUCGCAGUGAUCGAUGAGAAGUUGAGUUAUUUUAGCAUGAAUCUCUACCAGCCGCAAUUGAAAACAAGUUUCUGGCGAUGCUACGUAGUUCACAUUCUGUUCCUAGUUGUAUCGAGCAGCUACGAUGCUCAUGUGAUGUUGAUUAUAGGGCACGACGCGCGACUUUGGUUAUGGUUCUACCAUAUCGUCCCUUUCAUGUUGUAUUCGUUGGCGUUCUUGAUGGCUUUCACCAAGAUCAAGUGGGUCAAGAUCCGCAUCCAGCAGCUGAAUCGCUUGAUCGAACAAUACUAUCAGUAUCCCCUGCUGGAGAAAAUCGAAAAUAAAUUCAAAAUUUCCUCGGUCGUCACCAUGAAGAUUGAAGAUUUAGAAGAAAAUACCAUUGAAACAACCGAAGAGCUAGCCAUUGGUAAUCGCAUAUUACCGAUCGUAUCCAAGACGAUUGAUUUGGCAACACGACUGGAGUCGUACAAUGGCUUACUGUUUCUGUUCGGAUACUUGGCCCUGUUUUGUGUGUCAACCAUUCAGGUGUACUAUUGCUAUCUCUAUGUUACACUUGGAUCUCCUGAAGGAGGUUUUUCCAUUAACUCACUGGCUCUAUCGUUGGUGAUCAUAGCGGGAAACUUGAUAUCGAUCCUGGCACUACCAUACAUUUGCGAGGAAGUUGGUAACGAAUCGAAGACCUUGAUGUCCUAUCUGUCGAAACUGUCCAUGAAGCAUGGUCACAACAUGCAAUCAUCGAUUUGGUUCCCCAAUUUGAUCUCCAGCAUUAAAUUUUCCGCCGUGGGGUUCUUCGACGUUAGCUACAGCAUGCUCUCUGGGGUGAGAUUGCGCCAAAUGGAAAGCGAAUCGAUUUGCAGCUAUAAUGUUUCCUUUUCUGGUGCAGUUUUUUGCAGGACUGAUCACGUACCUGAUUAUAUUCAUCCAGUUCAACUCGAUAACUCCCCUACAAAAAGGAACCAGACAAUCCGUACGUAGUGCAGAAAACGAUUGAAUUAGUUUGUUAUGUGUUAUGCUUGUGGAUGUGAA